AUGCCCUUUGAAAGCAAGAAAGCCGUGGCAUUCGUGGACGAUCUGAGGAAGUAUCUGCAAUGGCAGUCGACUGUCGAUGUUAUGGAGAACCCGCCGACGAGCUACCUGGGCGCUCCCGUGGAUCUAUGGGGAGGCCUGGAUUAUAUCCAACAACAGGCGCGCGCUGACGACUUUACCGGCCAGUACGAGUUCGACAAUGCCAUCAUGGAGCACUUCAACUCAGCCAACGAGGGCCAUCUCUCUGUCAUCCCUUGCUCCACAGGUAUCUUUUCCUUCCAGGUGGAUCAGCAACUCGUCUCCGUCUCGUCCGACGGCCUCGAGCUGCCUCAAGUCUAUACGAUGAAUGAUGCCCAGGUUCUUGAAGAGAAGCCCAACGCUGUCUCUCCCGUCGUAAAGAUCAACGGCGCCGACGUUAACAAACACUUGAAUGACGCGGCGGACAAAAGACGCUACCAGGAUGCCGAUGCUCGUUACAACGGGCUCUUUCAUUCCUUUGCUCGGUAUAACGGUAACCCCGAGGGCGGAUUCGCCACCAAUCAGGAUGGCUUGUGGCCUGGCGCGAAUGAGUUCAUCCUGGACCACGCCAACGGAACAACUACCAAAGCCAAGGUGAACGCUGUAGUUAAGGGCGAAUUCAACUACGCCGACGGCAAGGAGUUCUACGAGGCCGUGUGUUUGCCCCAGCAGUCGAGCAGCUCUGCCGCCGCGUCGCGGACCCCGACGUCUACGCCGACGUCUACGCCGACAUCCACGCCGAUAUCCACGCCGACAUCAACACCUAAGCCGAGCUCCACCUCUGCCGCCACCAAGCCGCCGACCAACUACCCCAAGGCUGCCGUCCGUGAUCACAACAACCUGCUGUCCGGCUACCUGCUGGACGAGCCCGAGCUGAAGGACGUCGCUGUGCUGAGCGUACCCACCUUCAGCAUCAGGGAGGUGGAAAAGGUGACGUCGACCUCCGGCGACCUCACCCUCAAGAAGUUCUACGGCCCGCACAACAUCCUCGGCACAAACAUGACCUCCCCCUCCUCCUUGGACCUCGACGCCCUCUCCACCAAAGCCAACCCAAUCCAAGGCUACGGCGGGAUCAAACUCGCGCACGACAAACCCCCCUUCGCCCCAGAGGACAUCCUCAUUCUCACAGACGGCGCCUGCAGCUCCGCAUGCCCCAUGUUCACCCAGAUGAUGCAAAACGAAGGCGUCAAGACGAUCGCCUUCGGCGGCCGCCCCCAGUACGGCCCCAUGCAGGCCAUGGGCGGCACGCGCGGCACCCAGGCCGCCAUACACCCCAUGAUCCAACAGGUGAUGAUCGCCGCGCUCCAGCACGCCAAAUUAAGCGUGGGUGUUCUCUCUGCCGACGAGAUCAAGGACCUGGAAGCCUUGACGCCCGCCAAGAUUAGCCCGCUCAACAUGCAGGAGAUGCGUCUCAACCUGCGCGACGGCUUCCACCGCAACGACAAGGACAGCGAGAUGCCGCUCCAGUUCGUCUACCAGCCUGCUCACUGCCGUCUGUUCUACACCAUUGAGAACGUCCUCCACCCCGCGACUACCUGGAGCGCUGCCGUCAAGGCCAUGUGGGGCGGGGGUGACUGCGUUGCUGGAUCGAGACACUAGCCUGGCUUCUGCCCCUACUAUUCUGGUUUACUCCCUUAUUGUUUAUAAUGUAUCUCCUUGACCCUUGCACAUACAUACCCCUGCACACGAGCUUUUAUGUAUUUCUUGAGUUUUAUUGAUUUUGUUUUGAU